UGUAUGGGUAACAGUAUUUAAAAGGUCAGACGCCUCGUUGUGUCCGCCGAGACCUGUGUGGCGGGCGCGUGGCUUCUGGCAAGGGGCACCUGACCAGUUUACUCAUCCAAAGGUUGGGUUAAGUUAAUAAUAGCAUGGAGCUAAGCCAUCAGCCGAGUCAUACUGAUUAAUUAAUUACUUAGCUGAGUUUUUUUCAAAAAUGUAUGCGUAUUUCUUUUUCCCGCUUCAUCCUCGGUAAAUGUCAUCUAGGAGAGCUCUGCAGACUCUGAACCCCGGGCCACGAUCAUGUAUUUUCCCUUUAAGACAGAAUGUGGCACUGUAAGAGCUUGAAACUCUUCUGGGUGCUUUCAAUAAUAGGAUCGCUAUUUCUAUGCCGCACACAGGCAGCAUUUCUCCGCCGGCUGGACUGCGAGGAGGCUUUAGUCGACCCGAUAUUCCAGCCAACAAGCCUACGUGGUUAUCUCAACACGGAAGAUGCCAACACAGCCACCUUAUCCUUGAAGUUGGAGGGCGAUUAUGUGUCCAAUAAUUGUGAUGCCAUCGGUGGUGCGUCGGCGCGGAUAUCAGUGGAGGCAAAAACCCUAGGUCGUUCGGUCGUUACUGAUGACCACCAACUGGAAUUCAAAGGAGUCUGCCCCGAAAGGUCUCCUCUGGAAUAUCCAAGGUCUGAUCCUCGAACUUACGCAAUCUAUCAUGCCUCAUACUCACUGGGCCAUCCAUAUCGCAUGAAUACUUUGACGACGACGAUUCGUCUUCGCCUGAAUGAGAGCGAUAUUUCUUGCGUCGUCGCCAAUGUCACCCCUUACAUUGGUUCGACCGCAUCAGGAGCUUUGAAGGGGAUCCCUUUGGGUAUCAUGAUUCUCACUGGGCUGAUAGCCGCCAUCCUUCGGAUCUGUCGCGGCCGUGGUAGAAGUAUUUUUCGGUAUGAAUUGGCGCAUGUGGCUCGAGACCCGGCCGAGUCAUAUUUCCCGGGGAUGGGUGACUGCUUGCAAUAUAUUCAGUUUAUCUUUUUGACCGGAUCUCUGACACUAUCAUACCCGGGAUUUUUUCGGGCGUCGGUAGGCGAGCUGGCCUGGUCAUCUCUCAUCUUUAAAAACUGGCCCGUUACACAUCAAUUCGUUUACCCGGGUGUUCGCGACAAUAUUUAUGCCGUAAAUGCAACUUACGGCUUGGAGGAGAUGGCCCAAUUCCUGGGAGCCACGACCAUGAGUGACCUGUGGACUAAUGCCGUCGUCAACCUGGCUCUCAUCAUUCUUGGAGUCAUCGUGACAACCCAAUUUCUAUGGCUUGCUAAAUGGGCGUGGCAACUGCUCCCAGUCCGAGGUUCAACUCGGGUGAUAGAUCUUCGACGAGAGAUCCUGGACCAUAUGCACAACACAGGUUGGAGUGUCGCGCGAGUUGUCCUAGAUUAUUUUCUUCACCCAAUCGUUGCCCUGUCCUUAUAUCAGCCACUUAUGGCGACAUGGUUUCCAGUCUACCGGUCAUUUCUCGCCGUCUCGUUUGUGGCAAUUCUAGCUGUGUCAUUAGCCUUCAUAGUGCGGUACUUAGUCAAGAAUGGCAGGCAAAACAAUUUCUUCCACAAGGGCUCAUACCCAAGAUAUUCGACCCCCGACUGGCUUUCCGAUGCUCUAUACAUGGUGCCAUUUGUGAGGGGCCUAGCUAUCGGCGCACUACAAACCUCGGGUCUUAGUCAAAUCAUCGUUCUGAUCUCAUGCGAGCUAUUCAUCUUGGCCUGCCUGCUACGGAGCUGGCGGACACAGCGGGCAUGGCGACAUGCCUACUUGUCGACUGCGCGGCUCAUUGUCAUCACAAUGAGCUGCACAUUCCUCCCUAAAGCAGGUGUGUACGAGGGAAACAAGGCCUUGGUCGGAUACUUCAUUAUAUCUAUACACACAAUUGUCCUGUUCAUAGGAUUCAUCGUCGACGGUCUUUACGACCUAGUUCAAUUUGUUCUAAGUAAACUCGGAAUCAUCGAUCCUCUCUCCGCAGACCAGGACCGCCAAUCCCACAACGCUCCAGUAUUCGGAAUUGGCCAACUCUCGCGCCGCUCAACACGCCGCAUGUCCUUCGCACGACUGCCCGCCCUCAACCCAAACGAAAUUUCAGUCCCAUACUCUCAAAGACCCUCCACCCCUCGUCGGCCAUCCUUUCUAAGUGGCCUCCCCAUAAGAGACAAACAUCCCUCUUUCUUCCGCGCUCCCCGAUCUGAAACCGCCUCCAUACCUUCAGCAUGGAGCGUGAUCUCUCCCUCCUCACCAUCCCAGUCUGAAAGUGAAUCCCGCGGACCAAGUAUUGAAUCAGUAGAAAUGGAGGCCCUAGAUCUAGAAUCGAAGGCGAAAGAAGCUGUGGACUAUUCAUAUCGCGAAGCCGAUCAAUAUUACGGUCGGCCGCCGGCUUCGGUUCCUACUUUCGACCAUGUGCAGCAUAGCCAAGCGGAAUCGUCGAACCGAGGGAAGGAUAAGAAGAAGAAGGGGUUUUGGAGGUGGAAGCGGAAGGAGAAAAAAGUGAAGGGGUUUGAAGUUAUAAGACCUAGACCGUCGGCUCCUCAGUGAUGGGGUUGGCUUUAAUUGUAUUAUAUUGUUGAUAUAUAUGAUGCCUGAAAUUUCCACCCGAGGUCAAAAAUACCCUAGAUUAUCGCUUAGCUUCGGAAUUAGAUUACCUUUGGUGACU